AUGUCGGAUUAUCUCGGUAUAAAUAUAGAAACAACUGACAAGUCACGCUGGAGGCUCGAGGUGGAUCAUGGAAAGCAAACCUGGCAUUAUUUAGAAAGUAAUGAUGAGAUAAAAAAUUGGCCCCAAACUGCAUGCGAUCGUUAUUGGUUAGGAUUGUCCUAUGAUAAAAUUAAUGAUAAUCAAAAAGAAUAUUCCUCACCAAAAACUUCUCUUGAAGUCGCAUAUAAUGGAUACAAAUUCUUUAAACAAUUGCAAACUGUGGAUGCUGUAGCUAUUCCAUCUAUUGGAAAGUUUUGGUUAGCAAUGCUGAACAUUUAUGAUUGGAAAGGAGUUAAUCCAUCACCUCUUCAUCCGGCUCGCGUUUGGGGUCCAAUACGUGCUACCCAUCUCUCAAUGAGUUAUCUUUAUGGGCGUAAAAUAGCUGAGAAAAUGAGUCCGCUAAUUGAACAAUUACGACUUGAGUUAUUUGUUCAACCAUAUGAUAAAAUUGAUUGGUCUGCCGCAAAGAACAAUGUUUGUGAGGCGGAUAUAUAUUUUCACCGGUCUCCAAUUUUAGUUGUUACUAACACUUUUGCAAAUAUUUGUUUAGGAAAUGAUCCAGAAAAUCAUGAAUCAAUGAUUAAAGCGCUUGAAUUUUUAGAAGAUUCACAAAUAAAAAAUAAUCCAACAUAUAUGAAACAAUGUUGGAGAGAAUCUUCAAAAGGAUUUUGGAGUUUUAGUACAAGAGAACAAGGGUGGGCCGCCAAUGAUUGUACUGCUGAAGCUUUAAAAGCGAUAUUACUUCUUCAGGGUAAAUUAGAUUACACACCACCAUUAAUUAAUCAGAAGCGAAUUCAUUCUGCAAUUGAUAAUUUAAUCAAAAAACAACAUACUAAUGGAGGAUUUUCACGUUAUGAAAACAUUCGUGGUUAUUGUUGGAUGGAGUUGAUAAAUCCUUCCGAACUUUUGGAAAAUACUUUAAUCGAACAUACUUACGUUGAAUGCACAAGUUCUGUUAUGACUGCUUUAAGAAUAUUUUCCAAAUUUGAUCUCGUGGACCAUUACGUUGAUGAUAUUGAGUAA